AUGGAUAUCGACGAGGAUGAUGAUUUUUACGCGCCCGAGGAGCCGACUGUUCCUGCGCCUGCGCCUGCGACCGAAAAUGCUGCUGCACCCAAGGCGCCGUCGCCAAAAGUAGAGUCCAAAAAUGACGAGUUGGAGGAGGGUGAGGAAGAGGAUGAGGGCGGAGCCAUGGACGAAGACGAUGAUGAAGACUCUGAUAUCGACAUCAUCACCGAGCGCAAAGACGGCACAAAGGCUGCACCCCCAACCGACAUCAGAAACAUUCCUCAAAGGUCCGCCUCCAACGACAUGCCCGUCAAGGCCGCCCCAGCGAAGGAAGAGUCGCCGGCUGCCUCCGACCUCCCUCUGGGCAUCCCCAGUGCCGACAAGGCUGCCGCUGCCGCUUCCAAGUCCACCAUAGACGUCAACGCGAACCCUCCCUACCCUCCUGCGGGCAAACCCAUCACCGCCGUCAACAUUGACGAGGACCUCCCCGAAAACGAGAAACCCUGGCGCAAGCCCGGUACGGAUAUCAGUGAUUACUUCAACUACGGCUUCGACGAGUUCACCUGGGCCCUUUACGCUGCCAAGCAAGAGGCUGUCCGUGGAGAGUACAACGCCGACGCUAUCGCCGCCGGUAACAAGAAGAUGAUGGAGGACUUUGGCAUGAUGAUGAUGGGCGGCAUGAACAUGCCCGGUGGAGGGGCUGGCGCCCAGCAGGCCCAGGCAGCUGGUAUGGGAGGUAUGCCCGGCGGCGGCAUGGACGGCAUGCCCCCCGAGAUGCAGGCCAUGAUGCAGCAGAUGAUGGGCCAGGGCAUGGACCCCAGCCAGAUGGACCCCGCCACCAUGUCUGCCAUGUUUUCCCAAGGCGCCAACGCCGGCGGCCAAGCGGGCCAGCAACAAAACUUUGGCCAGGGCGGCUUUGGAGGAAACCAGGGCCAGUACGGCGGCUACGACCAGUCGGGCAUGGGUGGCAACCGCGGUGGCUUCGGCGGCAGGGGCCGUGGUGGACGUCGCCAAUGGUAA